UAAGAGAAACCCAUUUCCCCUAUAUUGGUCAUCAGAAACAAACCUCCCUGCCACUGCCCCUGCUGUCCACAGUCUGCUUCUCUAGCUGUCCCUCACGUCCCCCACACCUCUAUGCUGACGCCUGUUUUGUCCGUUCUCUAGGUAAGAUCUCCCCAGGAAAUGGAAGGAAUCAACUACACACUGCUGAGUGAGUUCAUCCUGACCGGCAUUCCCUGCCCACUCAGGCUACAGGCGUUCCUUUUUGCGUUCUUUUUGCUAAUCUACAUCCUGACCCAGCUGGGGAACCUGCUAAUCCUGGUCGCUGUCUGGGCAGACCCGCAACUCCAUGCCCGCCCCAUGUACAUCUUUCUUGGUGUCCUCUCCGUCGUGGACAUGGGCAUCUCCUCCAUCAUCGUCCCUCGCUUCAUGAUGAACUUCAUUCUAGGCAUCGAGCCCAUCCCAUUCGGCGGCUGUGUGGCUCAGCUGUAUUUCUAUCACUUCCUGGGUAGCACGCAGUGCUUCCUGUACACCUUGAUGGCCUAUGACAGGUACCUGGCCAUCUGCCGGCCCCUGCGCUACCCCGUGCUCAUGAGUGCUAAGCUGAGUGCCCUGCUCGUGGCUGGGGCUUGGGUGGCCGGCUCCUUCCAUGGAGCUCUCCAGGCCGUUCUAACCUUCCGUCUGCCCUACUGUGGGCCCAACCGGGUAGAUUACUUCUUCUGCGACAUCCCUGCGGUCUUGCGGCUGGCCUGUGCUGACACCACAGUCAAUGAGCUGGUGACCUUUGUGGACAUCGGGGUGGUGGUUGCCAGCUGCUUCUCCCUGAUCCUCCUCUCCUACAUUCAGAUCGUUCUGGCGAUCCUGAGAAUCCGCACAGCGGACGGGCGGCGCCGGGCCUUCUCAACCUGCGGAGCCCAUGUAACCGUGGUCACGGUGUACUACGUGCCCUGUGCCUUCGUCUACCUGAGGCCUGAAACCAACAGCCCCCUGGACGGGGCGGCCGCUCUGUUCCCCACAGCCAUCACUCCUUUCCUCAACCCCCUCAUCUACACUCUGAGGAACCAAGAGGUAAAGAUGGCCCUAAAGAGAAUGUUAGGAGGCCCAAGGACCAAAAGCGAGAUUUGAAAGUGUCUGUCUCCCACUGGAGGAACCUUCACAUUUACAGUUUGCUCUAUUUGUUUUCUUUUUUUUUUGGUACCAGGAAUCAAACUCAGGACCUCACGCUUUCCAGGCCGGUACUGCGCCGCUGACCUACGUCCCGGCUAGUUUGUUCUAAAGUUUGGUUUUCAGC